AUGCUAAUCAACAACCAAUUUCCUGGGCCGCUCAUCGAAUGCAACGAAGGAGACACCAUUGUCGUCCAUGUGCGGAAUGAAGCCGUCAAUGCUACCGCUAUUCACUUUCACGGCAUGUUCCAAAAUGGUACAAACUCUAUGGAUGGUACUGUCGGCGUCACUCAGUGCCCGAUUGCUCCCAACGCCACGUUUAUAUACCGAUUCACCGUCGACAAUCAGUCGGGUACAUACUGGUAUCACGCGCAUCACAGCGUACAAGCUUCUGAUGGGCUUGUUGGUCCUUUGGUAGUUCAUUCGAGAGGCGAGAAAGGCUCAGAGGGCAUGUACGCGACCGACCGCGUCGUGAUGAUCCAGGAUCAUUAUCACAACACCUCUGCCGAGCUGUUGAUGGAUUAUCUUCAACCAGACCAAGAGAACGACGAACCUGUUCCAUCUAGUGGACUCAUCAACGGAAGGAACUAUCGAAACUGUUCCGAUUUUGAUGGUUGGGAGUGCCAGAAUCAUGCUCCUCGAUUAGAGUCGUUGGAGACCUUCGACCUAACUCCAAACGAACGACAUCGCCUGAGAUUCAUCAACACUGGUGCUUUCGCCGAGUUUCAAGUCGAGAUCGACGAGCAUCCCUUCUACAUUACCGAAGUAGAUGGCACAGCCGUCCACCCCGAACCCUUUCAUCGUCUCAAUGUUCUUCCGGCACAGCGCUACAGCGUGGUCCUGGAGACGAACGUCACGACUACGGACUCUUUCUGGAUGCGCGCCAGGAUGAUCACGCAUUGCUUCGCAUCACCGAAUCCCUGGCUUGACCCUGAAGUAAGGGCCGUCAUUCGGUACAACACACCAGCAAGCUCUAACGACAUAGCUGCAAGGGAUGCUGCAGACGUACAUGCCGAGCCUCAGAGCAAAAGCUGGGAUGAUGCUAUUGAUGUGGACUGUCGGGAUAUGAACACCACCAUUCUCAGACCUGUCGAGGCAACACCGGCGCCAAAGAUCACCGCGUCAAUGUUCCUCCGUGCCAACUUUGAAAUUGGCGCUUGGCGUCUGUCUCGAGGCUUCUUCAACACUUCGACAUGGCACGCCAACAUCACGUCGCCAACUCUUUAUCGACUCAUGGAAGUAUCAAAGGCCGAUAAUGACACAUUACUGCCUCCGACAACUGGAGUUAAUAGCUUUGCCUUCGACUCGGAAAAGGAGUUUGUGUACCAGACUACAGGAAUCCAGACCGUGGACAUCAUCAUCAGCAACUUUGAUGACGGGGCGCAUCCCUUCCAUCUCCAUGGUCAUAAGUUUUUCGUACUCAAGCAAGGUCCGACGGGAUACCCGCCGGAGAACAUUGAGGAGCUGGAGGAAGAGCUCGCGGCCACUGGCGUUUUGGCCAACCCAUUGAGAAGAGACACAGUGACAGUCCAAGGCUACGGCUGGGCCGUCAUCAGAGUCGUGCUGGACAACCCUGGGCUGUGGGCGUUCCAUUGCCACAACUCAUGGCAUGCGGAGGCGGGCAUGACAAUGGUUAUUGCCGCGAGGGUUGAGACGUCUAAGGAGUGGAAUGUGAGCGAGGAGGAGAUGAACCUUUGCAAGCUGCCUGGGGUUGAGAAAGGGGCUCGGCCGGCCGACGACAUCUGGUUUGGGAACUUUGGCUGA